AUGUCUAGCGAAAAUGAAGCACAGUUCAGUGUGAUGGUGAGUCUCUUUACUUGGAUUCAAAGAAGCAAAUCAUCUGCUAAAAAACGAUCAAAAUUCCGAAAAUUCCUCGAUACUUUCUGCAAACCGUCCGACUACUUCAGCGCCAUAAGGUUAAUUCUUCCGGGUCUCGACCGAGAGCGAGGGACGUACGGUCUGAAGGAGCACGUGCUUGCCACGUGCAUCAUAGAUGCUCUCGGCAUGUCCAGGGAGUCCGAUGAUGCUGUGCGCCUAAUCAAUUGGCGGAAGGGUGGAGCAAAGACUGGUGUCAAUGCUGGGAAUUUUUCGCUUGUGGCGGGCGAGGUCCUACAUCGCAGACAGGGCAUGACUUCUGGUGGACUAACAAUCAAGGAAGUAAAUGACUUGCUUGAUCGCUUGGCUUCAAGUGAAAAUAGAGCGGAGAAGACUUCUGUUCUUUCUGAUCUGAUCAAGAAAACAAACGCACAGGAGAUGAAGUGGAUAAUUAUGGUAAUUCUUAAAGAUCUUAAGUUGGGAAUCAGUGAAAAAAGCAUCUUUCAUGAAUUUCAUCCGGAUGCUGAGGACUUGUUCAAUGUCACAUGCGACUUAAAACUAGUUUGCGAGAAGUUGAGGGAUCGCAGUCAACGACAUAAACGCCAGGACAUAGAAGUCGGAAAACCUGUACGACCUCAACUAGCUCUGAGGGUUGGCAAUGCAGCCACAGCUUGGAAAAAGCUUCAUGGGAAGGAAGUUGUUGUUGAGUGCAAAUUUGAUGGUGACCGCAUCCAAAUCCAUAAAAACGGAAUAGAGAUACAGUACUUCUCAAGGAACUUUCAUGAUCACCCUGAAUAUGAACAUGGAAUGUCGGACAUUAUUAUGCAGAAUGUUCUAGUUGACCGGUGUAUACUUGAUGGUGAAAUGUUGGUUUGGGACACAUCCAUGAAUUGUUUUGCAGAGUUUGGUUCAAAUCAGGAAAUAGCCAAGGCAGCAAAGGAGGGACUUGAGGGUGAACGGCAGUUGUGCUAUGUUGCCUUUGACAUUCUUUAUGCAGGAGAUACAAGUGUUAUUCACCAGAGCUUGAAAGAAAGGCAUGAGCUUCUUCACAAGGUUGUGAGGCCCAUAAAGGGCCGCUUGGAAAUUUUAGUUCCUAGCGGUGGUCUUAAUGCUCAUCGACCUUCUGGGGAACCAUGUUGGUCACUUAUUGCUCGCAGUGUUGAUGACGUUGAGAGAUUUUUCAAAGAGACAAUAGAGAACAGAGAUGAGGGGAUUGUAUUGAAAGACUUUGGCUCUAAAUGGGAACCGAGUGAUAGGAGUGGAAAGUGGCUAAAGUUGAAGCCUGAGUACAUACGUGCUGGAUCUGAUUUAGAUGCUCUCAUCAUAGGAGGCUACUACGGCUCUGGACGUCGGGGAGGAGAGGUGGCUCAAUUUCUAUUGGGCCUCGCUGAGUGUUCAGCCUCAAAUACAUAUCCCAGGCGGUUCAUUUCUUUUUGCAGAGUGGGAACUGGACUUUCUGAUGAGGAGCUUGAUUCUGUUGUAAGGUUCAUUCCUACACUAUGUUGUGUGACUAUGGUUAAAGAGUGUUGUCCUGUAGGCUUUGUUGAUGUUGGAUUUUUGGCUACAUUUGAUGAUGGGAAGCCAGUGGGGAUUGUUUGGUUGGAUUUUCUAUAUUGGUCUGCAGAUGGUAGUCAAGUGGCUUGGAGCUGGGAACUACCGAGGUGGAUGUUGGGAGAGGGGUGUCGGGCCUUAAGGUGGGGAGUGGGUGAGAAGAGGGGGAAGAAAGUUGGAGCAGAAAUGUUUGGUUAUAGUAUUCACUUUGUUCAAAUGGGGUAUAAAGGGUAUUUGGAUGCAGGACUGUUUGGAGGAAUGUAUAAGUUUAAGGGUAGAAUAUGGAAAAAGGCAUUCAUUUAUGUUGGUGACGAUGGAAUCUGCCAGAGGUGCCCUCCUAUUAGGCUGGCUAGGAGCAGACGUGUAGAGCUUUUGGGGAUGAAAAAUGAACACCCAAAGAAAGCCCCACCAAGCUUUUAUCAAGUUACAAAUAACUCAAAGGAGAGGCCAGAUGUUUGGGUCGAUAGCCCCGAAAAAUCAAUUAUACUUUCUAUUACCAGUGAUAUUCGAACGAUAAGUUCCGAGGUCUUUGCUGCACCAUACAGCUUAAGAUUUCCACGUAUUGACAGAGUGAGAUAUGACAAACCUUGGCAUGAAUGCCUCGAUGUGCAAUCUUUUGUAGAAUUGGUACACUCAAGCAACGGUACCACACAGAGAGGGGCAGACUAUGGAGUUGUGCAGCAUGAUAAACUAAAACACAUGAAAGCCUCAAAAAGGGGGGAGAAGAAGAAAGUCUGUGUGGUUCCUUCUCAUUUCAUGCAGACCGAUGUUUCUCAUGUCAAAGGCGAAACAUUGAUAUUUUCAAACAUGAUGUUCUACUUUGUUAAUCUUCCUCCAGGUCAUUCGCUAGAUUCCUUACACAAAAUGGUGGUUGAGAAUGGGGGAACUUUCUCGAUGAAUCUAAAUAACUCUGUUUCUCAUUGUGUCACAGCUGAAAGCAAAGGGAUCAAGUUUGAGGCAGCCAAGUGUCGCGGAGAUAUCAUCCAUUACUCUUGGCUCUUUGAUUGUUGUUCACAAAAGAAGCUCCUACCUUUACAGCCGAAGUAUUUUGUGUUCCUUUCUGACUCUUCAAAGAAAAAGUUACAAGAAGAAAUUGAUGAAUUUUCGGACUCUUACUACUGUGAUCUUGACACCACAGACAUCAAACAGCUUUUAAGCAGCAUACGUAGAAUUGAAGACUCCAAGACUAUUGACUACUAUAAGCAGAAAUUCUGUCCAAAGGAUAAGUGGUCUCACUUUUAUGGUUGCUGCAUUUACUUCCACCUCUCAAAACCAUCUUGUUCUGAAUGGAAAGUUUUAUUGGAACUUGAGCUGACGAGGAUGAAACUUGAAAUCUCCAUGGGUGGUGGCAAAGUCAGUGACAAUCUUUCACGUGCUACGCAUUUAUUGGUCAUGUCUUUUCCUGGAUUUGAUGUGGAUUUCGAUGCAAUAUCGAAUAGUUUUUCUGCAGCAGAGAAGCAUCUUUUACUUAGCAGAAGGUUGCAUAUUGUUCGGUCUCAGUGGUUGGAAGAUAGCUUAGAGAAGGGCCAGAAGUUGCUGGAGGAGACAUAUAGUUUGAAGCCCAGUGGUUUAGGAGACUCUAUUGGAGAGUGCAAACGUGAUCUUGAUCUGGGCGAUAAUUCUAGCUUCGCCGAUGUAGAGAAACAGAUUAUGUCAACUGCUCGAGGAAAUCUGGGAAAAAGAAAAGCUAUCUUAGAUAAGCCAAGAAUCAUCAACUCACCCAUGACAGAUGGAAGAAGGAUAAGGGGAAGACCCCCUAGUAAGGGCAUAAAUAAAGGGAAAAAGGGGGUCUCCCAGGCUCGAAGAACGAGGACACGCAUUGGAACCAAGCUUGCGAUAUUAUAUGAAAAUGAAUCAGAUACUAAUGCCUGUUCAGAUGAGAACGCUGUUAAAGAGUCUGAAAUGGGAGGAAGAAAUCAUGAAAGCCAUGGAAUGGCAGGCAAACCUUGCCCAGGAAUCCUAGAGGAUGAGAUGGUGGAAGAUUCUGAUAUAUCACAAAGAGGCAGGCAUGUUGGGCAAGAGAUUGCAGAUGAUAUUAAACGUGGAGAAUGCUUUGAUGAAGUUCACAGAAUUGGAUCAGGAGAUGGGAAUAUUGCCCAAUGCAGUGAGAAGCUUGGAAAGCUGGAAAUGAUGGUCGACCCAGUUCAUGCUGUGUUAUUAGACAUGAUACCAAGUUUUGGAAUGAAGAAAGUUGAAAGUACAGUUCCUGUUCCUGAAGCUGAAAUGCCUCCACCGAACAUGAUAUCAAGCCUUGAAACGAAGAAAAUCGAAAGGAUAGAUCCCGUUCUUGAAGUUGAAAAGCCACCUCUAGAUCUCGGUCCAGAGCCUGUAAAGAAACGGAAAGUAAGCUAUAAGGAUGUUGCAGGUGUGCUGCUCAGGGACUGA